UAAUUUACUUAAAAUCUUAAUUGUAUUAUUCAGUUAAAGAUGACAGAUGAUCAUCGUUGGAUGUAUAGACGACGAGGUCCUCGUGGAGAUUGUGAUGCCGAAUUCUUUAAUGGAUUACAACAAUUUUUUGAUUUCGUCUAUAGUCAUCCUGGUGUUCACUUGAAUGCCGAAAUUCGCUGCCCCUGUAGUAAAUGUGGAAAUUUACCUCACCACAACAAGGCAACUAUAAUAGACCAUCUGUUGAGAUAUGGUUUCAUGGAUGCAUAUUCUGCAUGGUGGGCACAUGGUGAAACUUUAAGUAACAAUGUUGAUCCAUGGUCAACCACAAGUGAUGUGGCAUUCUCAAGUAAUAUUGAGGAACAUGUUAAUGUUGAGGAACAUGUUAAUGCUGAUAUCCAUCACAUGGUUUAUGAUGCAUUCUGUCCAUCUGAGGAUGAUCGCCCUAGAAAUGAAACAGAGUUCGCAUCUGAAAAUGUUGGGGAUGCGCCAAAUAGACAUGCACAAUCUUUUUAUGAUUUGUUGCGUGCUUCAACCAUCCCACUUGGACCAUCAUCUAAUAAUCAAACAUUGCUUGGAUGGUUAUCAUAUAUGCUGCAUUGCAAAGCCAAAAACAACAUAACUAGUGUUGGUUACAAUGACAUCAUUCAGGGCUGUAGGCAAUUGUUAAGUCCGGAAGAUCAGCAAAAAGUACCAUCAAAUUUUUAUGAAGCAAAAAAAUUCAUGAAAAACUUAGAGAUCCUCAUUCAUCCUGCUCAGUCUAUUGCUUGGAAGCACUUUGAUGUCGUUCAUCCUUCAUUUGCAUCCAAUCCACAAAAUGUUCGUCUUGGUCUUGCAACAGAUGGGUUUAACCCAUGGGGCCAUUCUUUGAGGUCAUAUUCCUGUUGGCCUGUUUUCAUUGUUGUUUACAAUCUUCCUCUUGAGAUGUGGCCACUUAGAAUUUGGCCCCCUCCUCCACGAUUAGAUGGUCAUUCCGUUCGACUUCGAGUUGCUGCACUACCUGAUGUUUUAUUUGGAAAUCCAUCAAUAAACCAAACUAUUCCCGAGUUCGGUGAAACACACAAUUGGGUCAAACGGAGUAUCUUCUGGGAACUCCCAUACUGGGGGGAUAACCUGAUCAGACACAAUCUUGAUGUCAUGCACUGUGAGAAGAAUUUUUUUGACAACAACAUACACACAGUCAUGAAUGACUCGUCCUCAAAAGACAAUGUUAAGUCAAGAAUGGACUUACUAGUGUACUGUGAUAGGAAAGAACUACACUUGUACUAUGACAGUUCUGGGUCGCUUUGCAAGCCAAAUGCAAGUUAUGCAUUUGACACGGAUAAAAAAAGAUGUCUAUGUACAUGGCUCAAAAAUGUGCGAUUUCCAGAUGGGUUUGCAUCUAACAUCGCACGUUGUGUGAACUUAGUUGAGCUAUGCUUAGUUGGAUUGAAGAGUCACGAUUGCCACAUAUGCAUGCAGUGCCUCAUUCCAAUUGCUUUCCAUGGCUUGUUACCAGAAUCUAUAUGGGGUCCAUUAACAGAAGAUUUUGCUCACGAUAUUUUGGUGCGGAUCUUGAAACAAGUUGGAACACGCUGUCUAACCACUCAAGAGAUGAAGACAGCUGAAUUUUAUGUCCUACUAAACUGUAGGGAAGUUGAUGCGCUUCUUAGACAUUUGGUUGACGCUUCUUCAACCUCACUUGAUAUGGAAGAAAUAUUCCAAGAUGAGGAGCCACCAUCCACAGAGUCGAAUAAGCAUAGUUCCAAUUUGGCAUCUACAAAACGCGUGAAUCUGCAUGUAAAAGGAGCAACAAUGGUUGACUUAAAUGGAGAUGGAAAUGAUGAUGUUGAUGAAAAUCUGAGUGAAGGAAAUGAAGGAUAUGAAACAAGAGGCGAUACACAUUAUCAAUGGGCUUUAGAGGAUGAGGAUGCGGUCCGAAAGGCGUUCUUAAGAUCAAUGAAGAAAGGAUGGGGCGAUAAUAUGAAGGAUGAACGGGAUAAGUGGUGUACAAACGGUAAGUAUAGGUUGGUAUGGGUGCCUGAGCACCUAUGGCCUACAUUAUGCGCUUAUUGGGAUUCUGAUGAGUUUCACAAUCUUAGCGAGAGGGGGAAGAAAAAUCGAGCAUCUGGGGAACGAGUUACACACACUACAGGAUCAGUGAGUAUUGAUGUACAUGAAGAACAGAUGGUUGAGUGCUCUACUACAUAUGGCUCGGACUUAGCAUCAUGGCCACCUCGAGACAAUGAUGCUUGGGCAACUGCUGUUGGGGGAUGCCACAACAAUUUCAUGUUAGGAAAACUUGGGGAGGCAAUGCAAAUGAUGCGAGACAAAAUAGGGCAAGUCAAAGAGCAACGAGAAGUAAUGCAACGGAUGUUGGAAGACAUGGGGAGGAUGCAGGCUUCUUUAUCGCAGCAAUUUGCUGCUUUUAGUGCCUACAGGAUGCGUCUGCCUAGUGCUACCCCAUCAUUGCCUCACACUGGGCAAGCAUUUCCUCCUGUAGGGACAUCAUUCCCUACUGCUAGGCCAUCGUUUCAUGCUAGUGGGCCAGUGCCAAUGCAAAUGCCAAUAGAACCUGCAUUCCCCAUGGGCCAAAUGGGGAGACAGUCAGGAUCUCCAGGUACAUCUUUAGCCAAUCCCCCACAAGAUGAUUAUGGUUACCAGCCGAGAUUUGAUGCAGAUUACCAGGGUCCAUUUGGGCCGGAAUGAUCAGUGUGCAUGAGGUUGCGAACGCAAAACUUGGCAUGUUCUUAAUACUAGAGGAAAAUACUUUUAGUUUUUGGAAGGGUGAUUUGAACUUGUUAGGACAUGGGUGUAUAUGUCAGUUGGAAUUGAAUGGUUUGUGGUAAUAUUAACUGUAUUACUAUGACUUGCAAGUUUAGAAUAUGUAAAUGGUCAUGUUAAAUGUUGCAAGUGGUACUUAUAUACUUAUCUUUUAAUUUAUGAUUAUGAGAUAAGCGAAUGAUAUAAGUGGUACACAUUUAUAAUAAUGUGAUAAAUUGAAA